UACGACGGCGUUAACGAUCAGUCUACCAUUAAAAUGAUGGAUGAUGUCGUACCUUGCAAAAACUGUGUAAAGUGUUUGUUUCAAUAAAUAAUGUGAAGGGUGCUAUUUGUAUUUAUGUUUGACUGUGUAUAUGAAGAGAACUGCGUCGUAAUUUGUCGUACACAUUGCAUAAAUGAGUGGAAUGGCGUUGCGGAGCGCGCGGGCCCGAGCAUGCGCGCCAGUUUCAUCGCGACCGCUGGGAACACACUGAGUGUCCUUCGUUUACGUGCAAAUCAAAAUGGGAAGGUCUAGAUUCCCCGGUAAACCCCUCAAAUUCCAGAACAGAAAACGUAUCAGUGUCUUAUCGGGCGCCGUUUAUCAUGAAACUGCUCCGGAGAAUCACUCCGCCAGCCGUAGCUCGGCCCCCAACGAUUUUGCUGGGGAGAAAGAGGAAGAAGAAAAGAAGGAAACUAGUAAUGAGAAUGAAGCUAAUGGAACCGGUGAAGAUAAAACAACCAACGGUGUAGACAAAAACAACCCUGACAACCAAGAUAAGGACUCUGCAAAGUCCCCUGUACGCACAAGGUCCCAGAAUAAAAUGGAGCCAACAAAAAGUGAGAAACCAAAACCAGUGAAGAAAACAGUGACAUUUGGCACAGUUGAGAGCUGUGAAGAUAUUUUUUUGCCACUGAAAAAGGUUCCGAUAAAACACCACGCGCCACUUGUGUCCAUUAUAAAAAAGAAAUCCUCUCUCAAACAGACAGAGUACUCUACUUUCAAUAGCAUACUAAAACCGGCGAAACUAACUGACUUAAGCUCUAAAUCUUCAUCAGAACACCAAGAGGGGUACUUGAGGAAAAACUUGAAUCCCCUAUCUAAACCUACAAAUAAGUUUUCACAGUUCAGUGAAACUCGUAGCACAUCUCCUCCUCCUAGAAAUAUUUCUCCAACAGAAAAAGAAAGUGCAAACUCAGCUAAAUUUGUACUGCCAGUGAGAAGCAGUCACUCAUCAAGAGUAAUUAAGCCUAACAAACGUUUUAUUGAUGGCGAUGAGCAAACUACUGUUCCAAGCAGCUUGUCCUCGGGCAAAGUCCUCAAGAAACCAAAGCUGAAGAGGUUAGUCUUCAAUAAUUUACAUGACGAUGAAGAUACACCAGACGAAGAGGAUUCUGAUAAAACUAAUGAUAAUGAAAAAGCAAAAGAGAAGCAUACCCUUGCUUCGAAUCUUUUUAAAGAUAAAACAUCAAAUACAUUUCCGAAUCUUACCAACGCAGGCCCUAGAAAGCCUGUACGUGAUCUAUUUUCAUAUGAAGAAAGAGAUAAAGAAUAUUCUCCAGAUGAAAAUUCGAAUGUCGAAAGUCUAGAGAAAUUGAAAUCUCCAGAACCAAACAAAGAAGAAAGAUCAGGACAUGCCAUGAGGAAGCUUAUGGACAUAUCUGAUGCAAGCACUUCUACGAGUAGUAGUGGAUCUGAGUCUGAAGAGAGUUGGGAGAGUGAGAGUCUCGAAGGAAGUGGGGAGGAAGGGGAAAGACAGCCUCCGACAAGCCCUGAAAAGGACAAAUCGUCAGCAUCUCAGUUGCUCAGUGGAAAAGUCAUCAUCAGGGAGGCCAGGUUGCAGCUAACAUCCCCUGCACCCUCUACUGCUGGGUUGGAUGGACCUUUCUCUGCACUAACCACAGUUUCAUCAAACAAUCCCCCAGCAACGGUUACGUGCGGGGUCUGCGGCGCCGUCCGCUUCUACAGGUUCGUGCGGCAAGCGAGAAAGUUCGGCAUCUACUCGUGCGAGUCGUGUCGGAAAUUCAUCUCCAAGUUGCUGAAGAAAGACAAAAUGGUCCUACGAACAUCACCUGUGGCCACGCACUGCGUAAGGGGUGAAGGUAACUGUCACGUCCCCCCAGUUGUUCGAUCUCAGCAGUGGAAACUACUCAAGUGUACUAACAAGUCGCGUUGUCCAGCGUGUUGGCUCAAGUUGUGCUUAAAAGCUUUCCAAGUACCACCACACAUACGAGCCACUUUGACUGCUAUGUUGCCUCCUUACAUGAGGACUGGGGCCAAGGCCCCGGGGCCCUUAGCGCCGGCCCACCCCCUGAGAAUAGGGUCCAGUAAUACACCGGCCACACCAACAACAUUCAACACUUUGGGCGGUGAAAAUGAAAGCAAUAUAUUUGCUAUUAAACCAACGAAGAAACCCUCCGACGAUACUGAAAAAUCUGAGGAGAAAGAUGCAAAGCAGAACAAAGAUCAAGAAGCAAAUGAAGAAAACGAUGAGGACUUCAGCACAAAUAGGAAGCGACGGUUAACUAGAGUUAAAGUACGGAAGAAAGAUAAAAGCGAAUCAAAACAGACGGAGGAUCCCAAACGCCAGAAAAUGGAACUCAAGGGUCCCAGAGUUAAGCAUGUUUGUAGAAGCGCUUCUAUUGUUUUGGGACAACCAAUCGCUACAUUCCCUACUUCUGAGGAAAAAGAGAAGAAUGAUAAACCAGAGGACGAUGCUACUUCUGUGCCAGUUGUAGAGAAAGAUAGAGAGACGCUAGAAUUGCCCAGUGAACCUGGAUUGGACGUUGAGAACAAAUCACAAGUGGUUCCUGAAGUUGCUACUAAGGAUGGUGAUUCAGAAGUGUCAAUUGAGCCCAAGAAGAGAAAGAUAGAAGUUGUGACGAAGUCACAGAGCAAAGACUCCAGUGAGGAUGAGACUAUCAUGGACCUUGUACCAAGGAAGACUACAAUGAAACCACUUACAAAUAUUACUAACGUGCGAGGUCGUACUCAAAAGUGUGGUCAAAAUCGGCCCGAAUUAAUAUGUGUAGAUUUUUGGGAAAGUUAUGAUCCAGACGAAGUGUGCAACUCUGGCUUUGGUCUCAUCGGGACCAUACCGUUCACAAUAGCCAAGCUGUGUUUCUUGUGCGGCAGUGCUGGCAGGGAAAAGAUGCUAGUGUGCGGCAGCUGCUGCGAGUGGUACCACGUGUGGUGCGCGGAGGAGGCGGGCGGCGGCGGCGCGUGGACGUGCGCGCGCUGCGUCUGGUGUGCGGCGUGCGCGCGGCCCGCCGCGCGGCUGCGCUGCCGCACGUGCGCGCGCCCCUACCACGCCGCGUGCCUGACCGCCGCGCCGCCCGACCACCGCAGCGACUGGCCGCAGAUUUGCAGUUCAUGUCUGAAGUGCAAGAGUUGCGACAGCAACCGAGUCAACAAGUUUGUAGGAAGCUUGCCGUUCUGCAGACCUUGCUUCAAACUUCGUCAGAAGGGCAACUACUGUCCACUUUGUCAAGCUUGUUACAGAGAUAAUGAUUUUGAUAGCAAGAUGAUGGAAUGUGGUUGGUGCGCAAGAUGGGUUCAUGCAAGUUGUGAAGGCUUGUCUGGGGAAGAAUACCAGCUCCUGUCUGCUCUGCCGCCGUCAAUCGAAUACAUUUGCUGCAAGUGUAUGCCAGUCGAUCCUCCGUGGCGAAAAAUGCUCACAGAACAUCUAAAGGGGAGACUGUUGCACCUGCUCAAGUUGCUUGCCAAAAAUAAAAAGGCCUGUGCACUAUUAAAAUUGACACCCCACAAAAACACACCGGUACCUAACAAACCAUACAGGAUCAUGUCCCCUCAGGCUAUAAGAAAACUACAUUUUGACAGUAAUGAUGACUCCCUAAAGAACACUACUGAAACUAAAGUCUACCGUAACACUGCGCGGGGACGUCGCAACAAUAAUCUCUCUCAAAAUAAAUUUGAUGAUCCCAAUGCAUUCCAAAUAUGGAACUGUUCUUCAUUGCUGACUGAUGUGGAAAUGGAGAAAGAAGAAAUUCCACAUACUUCACAUAAAGUUGUCAAUCUUCAAGAGCCAUUAAUGCAAAACAAGGAAAUCUGUUUCUCAACUGGUCUCUACAACAACAAAACUGAGUUCAACACGCCGUGCGUAGAAGUUCACGAAAAUUAUCCUCACCAAAAUAAAACAGAAAAGGCAACCACCAUGUUGCCAACUACCCUACAUGACGACAAAUAUGAACCAAUAUCUGAUGAUGAAGAGCCGCCAAAAUGUUUCCCUCAGGCUCGUAGUGAACAAGAUCUGAGCCCAGCAAUUAUAAGACAGUCAUGUCUGUCUGUUGAAGACACCACAGUUGAAGAUAUUAAUAGGAUAUUGUCACCAUCGUUGCUGGAUAUAAAGAAAAGAGUAAACAGUGACGAAUAUAUUUCUUUAAAAGAUUUUAACCAUGAUAUGAAAGAUGUGAUUGAAAGAACAGCUAGUGGAGAUCUCCAUUCCAUUUAUAAGGACUUAUUUUCUGAGACAUUUCCAUGGUUUGACUGUGAAAAUAAUUGUCUACAGCCAAACUUAGAAGUUGAGGGUGAGCUGGAAGAUUCUGAUUCUUUGAAAGAUGUGGAAAUGGCAGAUACCAAAGGCAUUAAAACAACUACCCAAGUUGAACGACCACUAGACCAACUAGUGCCGAAAUUGGAAUCUGAAGGUGAAAAAGAAGAAGAAGAACUGUUAGAAUUUUACCCCAUAGUUGACUCACGAUUGUGUGUGCUUUGCAAAACUACGGGCGAUGGGUCGCCAUCUAUGGAAGGAAGGUUGCUUUAUUGUGGACAAAAUGACUGGAUCCAUGCCAAUUGUGCACUAUGGUCAGCAGAAGUGUUUGAAGAAAUUGAUGGCUCUUUACAAAAUGUGCAUUCAGCUAUAUCAAGAGGAAAGAUGAUUAAAUGUGCAGAUUGUGAAGUUAAAGGUGCAAGUGUUGGUUGCUGUGCAAAGAAUUGCAGCGAGACAUAUCAUUAUGCAUGUGCUAGAAAAGCUGGCUGUGCGUUUAUGGAUGACAAAAGAGUAUUCUGCCCUACACAUGGAAAGGACAUUCCUAAAAAGAGCUUACAGAAAGAUGCAGACUUUGAAUUAACAAGACCAGUCUAUGUAGAGCUGGACAAGAAAAAGAAACGCUAUAGUGAAAUAAACAAUGUGCAAUUUUUAAUGGGCUCUUUGACUGUUCACAGUCUAGGUAAAAUAGUACCAUCAGUAUCUGAUUAUGAAGAAUUUCUAAUGCCUGUGGAUUUUUCGUGCAGUAGACUAUUUUGGUCUUGCAAGAAACCCUCCAAAAUUGUGAGAUACACUAUUAAAACAAAACUAAUACUUGCUGAACCAAUGCCUGGUUUUGAUUUUGGUGUCAAUAUAACAGUUGACCACUCAAUGGAAGUCCAAGUUGUUGAACGUGUUAUUGCCGAAAUCGGGGCAUGGCAUGAGAGCUUAGAAGGUGGCUCUGGUAAAACAGUGCACAUGCUCAAAAGUGACAAGUCUCCCAUCAAAUUUGGAAAUACAGUAACUUUAGAAGAUCUGGCAGUUAAAAAAGUAGUAGAGUAUUUAUUAGAUAAUGUCUGCAAGCAAGAACAACAAGAUGAAGAAGAACCUCAAAACACGGCUGAUCUUCUUCCACCUGAAGUUAAAGAUGCAAUAUUUGAAGACCUCAAUCAUGAUCUUCUGGAUGGUAUAUCAAUGCAAGAUAUUUUUCCAAAGCUAAUGUCUUACGAGGAUCUUAUUGCAAUGGACUUGAAAAGUGAAUUUUAUGGAGCCAUUGCUCAAUCUGAUGAUAAAUCGGACUCUCGUUCCAGUGAUUUUAUUGACGAAUUAUUAAACGCACGAUCAGAAUCAGGUAAUAAAGAAUUAAAAAGAAGUAAAUCUGAGAUGCUGUUACAAAAUCACAACCUUAAAACCUUGACAACUGGUCGGGGACAACAAAGGUCUACCAGUUUGACAUGGAACAAUAAAUUUGAUACAAGUUUAUUGACAUCUACUAUAAAACGGUGCAAAAUGGGAAAAUCUUCGUCAGUGAGUGGCAAAUUAAGCCCUAUUCAAAGAGUUACUGAGAGCACUCUGGAGUCUAUAAAAGAGCUGGACAAGAGUAGUUCAGAUAAAAAAGCAAAACCAGAAACAAUAACAAGCAAUGAAUGCAAUGAAGCUCCACAUUCAUCAGGCCUAAACUACCGCACGACAUCUCCUAAACAGAAAGAAGAGCCUCCUACUGAUGAUAAAACUAAUAAAUCAGAUGGAUACUAUAUUGACGUCAUCGAUUUUUACACAAAGAUCCAAUGCAGUCCUAUUUCUCAAUUGGAUGGUGCAGCAGAUUGGUCAGGUUCUGAAAGCACAUGCAGUUCCCGACCAUCGAGUCCGCAAGAAGAUUUUACACCAAUACAACAACUUGAUGGUGCAGAAGAUAAUCUUGGCAAUGACAACUCUGGCAAGUGCCAAACAAACCAGUUUCUAUACAGGGCAAGUGGAUCUGAGAGUACAUAUACAGUCACUAUUGCUGGGAACUCAAUCAGUGGACAACCAGAGCUGGUGAUGCGACCUUUGGAUGACAACUCUGGUACAUCUGGACAGAUGGAACAGUUAGUAAGAUGUGACAGGUGUCAGUGUACGUACCGAAAUAAAGAAUCUUACGACAGACACAUCCCAUCUUGUGAUAUGAUGUCGACAAGUGAAAGCGAAAGUGAAAAUCCGAAAUCUCCUGAGAAUAGGACACUGGCCACUCUUCAAAAUGCUUUUCAAGGGGCUUUUGCUCAACCCUUGAUUAUUCACGCGGGAGUUGUUAGUGGAAGUGACAACACAGUUAAAGCAGAGGGUAUUUCUGCUAGAAGAACAUCUAUUAAUACGAGACAAAUUACGAUUAAUGGUACAAUUGUUGAAACACCUUCACCAGGCCCAACAAAUGAGAUGACAAUGACUAUAACAGAGCAAAUGAAAUCAGGCACUGUUAUAUUUGAUCAAAGUAAAACUAAUAAUGUGUCUGCUAAUCAACAAGUAUUAUCUUCACCACAAAUAGUUGUAACACCACAAAUGCUGCUUCCCCCUAAAACAAGUUCAGCUGGUGGGCAAAAAAUAAUGACCCCACAAUUAAUUACGCAACAGGGUAUUAUUCCCUACAAUAUUUGCUUAAAACCAGGCACUGGAAAUGCAAAUAUACAGCAAAUCCAAGGGAGUGAUAUGGCACAAUUAUUGUCUGGGUCAGGAGGAAUUCAGGUGUUAUCAUCCAAUACUAACCAAGUAUUAACAAUUCCAUCAAAUCAAGCUGGUAAUAUUACACCAAUGAUCCAAAGCAAAAAUCAAGUAACAAACUUUCCUAAUAUGGCUAGUGCAUCAUCAAUUACUCUACCAGUUAAUUCGAUCCAAGGAAUGCCUAAUGCUUCAAUAAUACAAAAUAUUCAACCUAUGAUAAGACCACAACUUCAAGGAAAUCCCACUAUUGUUAUGCCAGCUAUGACUGCCCAAAGGCUAACGUCUCCAAAUUCGCACACCAAACAACAAUUAAUUCUGCCAGGUACACCACAGAAAUCACCUAAAAAGCAACCAGCGCCAGUACAGCCAAAACCAAUUUUCCAGGCUGCUAAUAGAGGCAGAGGAAGACCAAUUCCUAAACCAGCAACUAAAAUAAGGCAAACAAAGUUAGAGAAGACAUUUACCACAAUUAACCAGUCUCCUUUAGGACCAGGAAACACUGUUAUCCAGUUACAAACAAAUAAUCAGACAGGACAGCCUUCGAUUAUUGUGCAGCCAGUUACUAACCAAAAUAUUAUGUCAGCAUAUGUUGAAGCAUUGUCUCAACAGCAGAAUCAAAAUAUGCAAUACAUAGCAACUAUUGCACCUCAAGGAGACUUUAAAACUGGACCAACACAAUUUAUAUCACAGAGUGGACUUAUGCCUCAAACAUUUCAAAUUCAACAAACAGAAUCUGGGGGCUUAGUCGCUGUGCCAAGUGGAGGUAUACCCGUUUUGUUGCCUCAAGGAAAUGUCGGCAUAUUACCGCAAGCUCUACAACAAGGAGCUACAAUACUUCCACAAGGAGCUAUUCAGACACAAGGCAUAAUAUCUCAAGGACCUAAUGGACCCACAAUACUGCCGCAAGCCAUACACACUCAAAAUGGAACUACAAUAAUACCCCAAGGCACUAUACAGGGUCUGACGUCUGGUAAUAUAACAUCUCAAGCCUUACAAACUGGAACUGUAGUACCUCAAAGUGGCAUUGGGAAUGGACAAACCACUAUUAUACCCAAUGCAUUAUCCUCACAAGGAAAUACAAUAAUAACUCCUGCACCUGGUACGACAAUUCUACCUCAAGGAACUAUAUUACCACAGUUUUGCAAUGAUCAAGUUAUUCUAGGAUCAGCGCCAACCCUGGAAAUGGUUACAGAUCCUUCUGGUUGCAUGUAUUUGACAACUACGCAACCUGUGUAUUACGGCUUGGAAACGAUUGUACAGAACACUGUAAUGUCAUCGCAACAGUUUGUGUCCACUGCAAUGCAAGGUGUUCUUGCACAAAACAGUAGUUUUUCUGCAACUACCACUCAAGUGUUUCAAGCCAGUAAAAUAGAACCCAUUGUAGAAGUUCCCACUGGAUAUGUAGUGGUGAAUAAUGUUGGUGAUACUGUAGUGACGCAAGCAACAUCUUCGGCACCAAAUGUCGUUACGGCACAAACAGUACAAUCGUCACCACCUGCUCUGAAAAAUGUUAAAACUUCAGUUCCGAAUUUGACCUUGCAACCAUUACCUGAUAAACAGUCUAAUAACAAUCGGCAAACACCAAAAGUUAUACAAAUGAGUGCAGCUCCUCUAACAAUUGGACCUCAACAAGGAAACAUUAUAAAUGGAAAACAAAAUCUGAAUCCUAUCACUUCACAGAUACAUAGUAUGACUUUGUCAAAUGCAUCACAAAGUUUACAGAGAGUCAACAUAUCAAAACCUAAUAUUGUCUCUAUGUCACCAAAUGUGACUCUCGUAUCAUCAAUCGGACAACCUUUAAUGGCAAUUUCACAAUCUAUACCUAAUACAGCGUCAUUUUGUAUGCAAUCAAUACCUUUGUCUCAACCAAUUGUUUCAAGUUCCAUUGCCCCUUCUACUAGCAAAAAUAACACGAUGAAGAUUGAAAACUCGCAUGUAAUUGAAAUAAGUGGUAACUUACAUGAGAACUCAAAUUGCUCUAGUUUACCGACAAUAAGUGUGACGCAAAGCAUUAAAUCGCCGACGCCAUGGAGAAAUACACAGCUUGAAAAUAAACUCGAUCAUCAUAAUAUGGCCACCAAAGCCAAUUCUACUUUAAACUCUUCAAUGAAUAUUCAAAAUAACUUACUUGGAAGACAGAUGGCACAUAAUGAACUUGGCAAAGAUAACCAGAACUGCUUACUUUCUAUGAAUAAUACUGGAAAUUCUUUGAACACCAUGCAUCAAUUUGACUCAAAUAUCAAUGCUAGUCAUCAUUCUACUGGACAUACUUCUAAUAAUGUAAUUCAAAUCACAGCGGGAAACAUUUAUCCUCCUGCAUCGUCUAUGAAUACUAAUUUUGAUGUUGACACAACAUUAAAGUUGAGUAAGAUAAAUGCAUUAUCAAAAACUGAAGGAGGUCACUUGAACUUCUCCCAAGAAAUAAUGGCAUCGCAUUCGCAACAUCAUGCGCAGAAUGACAAAACUUUUCAAAAUAUUGGCCCUGCUGAAAAUAAACAUAAUGAAAACAUCCAAAACCAAAUAAAUAUACACAAAUUGAGUAGUUGCCAAGUUCAAGGAAAUUUGAACAAUUCUCCUUCAAUUAGUAUAAUCCCAUCUAAUAUGAUAAAACCGCAGAUGCCUAGUAAUCAAAACUCGAUGACUGUUUCUAAUAACCAGAAUCAAAUGUGUUCUGUUUCAAACAGUUCAACACACGGACAAGUACAGUUGAUGAAUUCUGUAAAUACGUCAAUGCAAAAUGUAAAUAUGUCAUGUCAGGAGUUAGCCAAUAAUAGAGUUAAUAUGUCUGUGUCUAACGACAACAAUCAACAUGAUUUGACUAACAAUGGUCUAAGUACAUCCACUUUGUCACAUGGUGGUAUGCAAAUAACGCACGAUAGUGGACAACAUACUUCAUCUAAUCAAAUUCACAUUAUGAAUGGUCAGAUUCAACAUAACCGACACGUAGACAAUAGUGGAUCAAUGCAACAAUUAAAUCAAGGGUCCAGUAACAGAUCUUACCAUGAUAAUUUUAUUAGCGGUCAGUCUAGUCAUAAUCAAAGCAAUAUGCUUUCUAAUCGGAGUACACCAGACAACAACAAUGUAAUGAGCCAGAACAUUAGUAUGCACAAUAUAUCAAAUAAUCACAACAUGAAUCGCGCAGAAUUGAGUGAUUUAAACCAUAUGCACAUGAAUCAAUCUUUAUCUAAUAUGAACAAUAUGCAGAAUAAUAGAAUGAUGAUGGAAAACAUGCAGUCUCAUAGUAUAAAUAAUUCUAACCAUCAAAUCCAUUCAAAUAACAGAUCUAUGGAAUCUUUACAUAAUCAGCAGAUGCAUUCUAUGCAACAAAUAAACCAUCAUAUGACUAGUAAUAACAGUCGUUCACAAUUAGAUAACAACAUGCAUAUGAAUCAACAAAUGACUAUGCAACAACAGAAUAGACAAAUGGAUAAUGUUAUACAUCACCACCAACAUCAAAUGUCUAAUAUGAUGCAAUUACAAAACUCACGUCCGCAUAAUAUGGAAAAUACAUUGAUGGGUUUGCACCAACAUGUUUCAAAUCAAAUGCAUAAUAGACAACAGAUGGAUAACACUAUGCACAUGCAUCAUAAUAUGUCAGGAAACAAUGUUAAUAUGGGCCUUGGUAAUCAGUUAGACAGUUCGACUGGCAUGCCCACCAUGCAUGGCAACAGACAUGACAACAGUUCUAUGGCAAUGCAAAAUCACAGUAAUAUGAAUCAGUUGCAAAAUAGAAAUUCGAUGGAUCAUAACAACAUGAUGCAACAUCAAAUUAAUAACAUCAAUUCUAUGAAUAUGCAUAACAAUCUUAACAAUGUUAUGCAAAUGUCUAAUGCUAAUCAUCAAUCUCUAAAUAAUUCAUUGAUGCAUAUGCCUAAUAUACCUGAUAUUAAAAAUGAACUUCAGAAUUCAUGCGGUGGCAGUUGUUCGAGUACCAGCUCACAGUUCACGAAUAAUCAGACCUCAUUUGAAAUGUGCACAAAUAUGAAUACUACUAAUAAUAUGAACAUGAGCAACAAUGGAAACAUGAUGCAUGGUAUGAACGUAAACAAUACCAAUAUGUCUAAUAAUAUGAUGAUGAACAAUGUUAAUAAUAGCUCUAUUUACGGCGCUAAUAAUCAAAAUUCUCUCAAUAGUCAUGAUCUGUUGUUGAGUUGCAACAACUCUACAGAAGUUUCUAAUAUUAUGUCGAAUUCUAAUCAUAUGAUGAUGAACAAUACACAAUCACAUUCUAGUAAUAACCAAAAUCCAAUGUUGACAGGUCAAGUUCCAAAUAACCCUCAAAUAAAUAUGAGCAGCUGCAGUAUGAAUGUUAACAACUUGAACCAAACACCAAUGACUAAUAUAGAAAGCCAAAUAAAUAGGACUAACAUGGCAGUAAAUGAACAACCGAAAUUUGUACAAGAACCAGUGAGAGGGAAAAAUAUUAUGGGACCGCCGUCUAAUACAAAUAUGCCUGUUAGCGACUGUGCUAAAAUUAAUGUAGUUGGGACUCCCGACAAACAAAAUCAUUCGGUUCCCGGCAAUAACCAAAUGGGAUUCAUGCAAAUUAAUCAACAAAAUAAUAACAGAGUUAUAAAUCUGCCAGAGAGAAAUAGGCUAAAUAAUGCAAAUCUCGAGAAUAAUAUGAAUCAACAUGUACCUCAACAGCACAACAUACGUGUGGUAACAAACAAUACUAACAGCAAUGUUGCGGGAAUUUCCAAUGAUCCUUUGACUUAUCAGCAAAAAACCGAAAGUAGCACAAUGAUUAAUGUACCAUUCCAAGCAAUUCCUAACAGUGCGCCAAUGAAUAUUAACGUUAAUUCGAGUAAUAACACGGUUAACAUAACCGUUCAAAAUAAUCUGGUAGACCCUAAAAUCGCCACAAAAGCUGCUGCGGAUUUGAAUUUCCCAAUUCAAACUAACAGUAAUUUAUUACAAAAUCAAAAUCAAAAUAAUAGUAAUAACAUGAUUUGCAUACCCGUCAACAACAACAGCACAAUUAAUUUACCAACUCAGAACAGUACUAGUAUAACUCUACCAAAGGCUCCUCCUACACAGCAGUCUGGUAUACCGACAAACGUUGUAAAUCCCAUGACAAUGCGGCCGAUGAAUAGAGUUCUGCCAUUACAUAGAGACGGUCAAAGUAAAUCCACAAAGACUUCCGGUUGUAAAGCUCCCACAGCACCUAAACAAAGACCUGUGAGCCAUGAUAUGCCGGAUUUAAAUGUCAAAGAUGACAGUAUUGACAGUGACCUCGAAAAGGCAAUCGAAGAAUCUAAAAGAAUGCAAGUGAUAGAAAAAGCGAAAAGAGAAAAAGAAGAAAGAGAUGCGGCUCGUGCUAUACAACUGUCCAAUGAAAUGCAACAAGCAAACACAAGUUCUGCCUCAACGGCUGCUUCUAUUACGCGCCAUGAAACUAUCGAAACCAUUCCGAAAAUGCCGUCUUUGCCCAGUUUAGACGCAAUAGAACCUGAACCGCCUAAAGUAUUAACGGUAAAAGACACAAAUAAAUCUGUGACAUCUAAAGUUCCAAAUCCGUCAACUAAAGUUUUAAAACGACCGUUAUUAGACAAAAAACCUGAUACAGAGACAGUAGUUACAAAGAAACAAAGUAAAGCUUCAAAAGGGCAAGAAAACAAAGCAGCUCAACCUAAACAGACGCCUGAUCCACAAAAAGAUGAUGGUCCAAAGCUCAUAUAUGAGGUGUCUUCUGAGGACGGAUUCAAUUACUCCUCAUCAUCUUUGACAGAUCUGUGGGCGAAAGUUAUAGAGGCUGUCCAGAAUUGCAGGAAACAAUCCGGGCUACCGUUAGUUCAAUACAAUCUACCGUCUACUUUAUCUGGAGCUCAUUUACUGGGUUUAAAUAAUAAUGCCUUGAGAUAUUUAAUUGAACAAUUACCUGGGGCAAAUAGAUGUACCAAAUACAAGAUACGCCAAGGUCGUCUUCUCAAUAGCUGGGACAAUGAUUUAGACCUAAGCGAAGGAUUCAAGGAGAGUCCUUGGGGAAGCGCACGUACCGGACCAGUAGCGAGGAAACUAAAUCACGACAUGUUUAGCUGGAUGGCAUCUCCUUUCAGAGAAGAGCCUCCUCCAUUUGGUGGACAAGAGGGAGAGAGCUCUAUUUCAAGGCGCUUGGCGACUUUACCCCCGGCUAUGAGGUUUAGACAACUUAAAGAGACUUCGAAGGCAUCUGUCGGAGUGUAUAGAUCACACAUACACGGACGUGGCUUAUUCUGCAAACGUGACAUAGAAGAAGGCGAUAUGGUAAUCGAGUACGCCGGCGAAGUGAUACGGGCGGUGCUGGCCGACCAGCGCGAGAAGAAGUACGAGGCGAUGAGCGGGCGGCGCGGCGUGGGCGGCUGCUACAUGUUCCGCAUCGACGACCACCUAGUGGUGGACGCCACUCUCAAGGGCAACGCGGCCAGGUUCAUCAACCAUUCGUGUGAUCCGAACUGUUAUUCCCGCGUGGUCGACAUCCACGGCCACAAGCACAUCUUGAUUUUCGCUCUACGGCGAAUAACCAUUGGCGAAGAGCUCACUUACGACUACAAAUUCCCUUUCGAGGAAGUCAAAAUACCCUGCACGUGCGGUGCGAAAAAGUGUCGAAAGUACCUCAACUGAGAAAACUGGCAGUAAGUGAAUCGAUUGUGUCAAUUAUACUGGCUUUGAGAACGAUGUGCGGUGUUCGGAAUGAAAAUAUUACUAAAGUGAUCGUGUCACUUAUAUUUAUGUUGUAUUGUUGUUUAAAACUACCGUCAUUUCAGUGUUUUUAGGCCGCGUCUAGACUUACAGCGGCCAAGUACUCAUGCACUUGGUUUCCAUGUGCGCUCAGUACAAAGGCAACUGUCGGGCUAGACGCGGCCGCAGUCUACUAAGCAAAAACACAACAAUAUGUCGGAUUAAUUACUAAAUAGCAUAAUAAUCGAUUAAGUACUUUACUGGUUUAGACAUAUGUAUUUUUAGACGAACUAAGUGUUUGAUGGUAAAAUGUUAUGAGUGUAAAGAACACGGUCAUCCUUCUUCACUCUGUUAGCAAAACGUUAUGGUGCGAAAUGAAAUACUGGGUCGAGCACAAUUUUUUAUAUGUACAUAAUUAAGACAAUAAGUCCAAAUAACAUAUCGCUUAAUUCCCACCUCUUAUCUUGACAUAUAUAGAGCCUCUAGAGCCAACGGUCACGGAAGUUUUCACGAAUCUUGUUAUGAUCUCUUUAUGAAUCUACCCAGUGUUUAAAAUUGUUGGAUUGUAAUGUAUUAACUUAUAAAUUUCCAAAUAUUAUGUAGGUAACCAAACAUCACAUUGCGGCAUCACAAAAAGCAAAUGUUAGUGAAAGGGAUUCUGUAGGGUUAAGUUUGAAGUGAAGGAGAAGUCACGAAAAUAAAUCAAGUUUACUUAUUCAAUUGGAAAUUUCUAAGUGAAUAGAAAGCAUUAUAUUAACGAUUGGUUUUCAAUAUAAAUAUUUUAUUAUUUUGUGAUAAGUUUCUAUACAUUGUGUACAUAUUUUUAAGUUGUACCUAUCGUUUUAGUUAGGUCGGUUAGAGGUUCUCGAGCGGCUUUAAUGUGUGCACGCGCAUGCGCUUUCAUUUUCAACUUUGACAUUUUGACAGUUGACAGGUGAAGAUGAAAGCGCACGAGUGUGGCCACGACUUUAGGUGUGCGGUUAACGCCAGCACUUAAUAUUGAUGUGAUAUGCGGUAACCCGAGGUUAGGAAACGAACGGUUAGUGCGUAGUAUAUUUGUUCCUCAUUUGUUCUAUUUCUCCUCUUGUGAUAAGUUAAGUCUCGACUAACGUAACGUGAAUGUACAUAUACAUGAAACUAGUUGGUAAUUAACGUAAAUACAUUCGAAUGAAGGGUAGCAAAGUUGCGAGUACAAUGUUACUUUUUUUUUUUAAUUGUAAUUUUAAUAAGUAUUUGUAUAGCUAAUUUGUAAAUAAGAGAAAUUAUCUGUCAUAAUAAUGGAUUUUAAGUGACAAAUUGUUUUAUCGUAGUCAUAGCGGUAGGGUUGUACUUUAUAGGACAUUACAUAUUACAUACAAUACAUCAUGUAUAUAAUAAGUUAUUUUGGUGUGCGGGUUGGCUCCGAUAAGUUGUUUUUGAUGGACAUUUUACAAUGAUAUAUUAAAACACGUCCAGCCCAAAAAAGAUUGAACACGACAAUGCACAUUUCUUAGCUUUAACGUUCAUUUCAACACAGCUUGAGUUCAAAACUAAUAUGUUAAUAUUAAAAGUACCAAUGUUUCUUUUUUUUAUAUUUUCUUAAUGAUAUGGUUUUUUGUGUGAUUUUAUUUUUUAUACAUAGUGAUAUAGCGUUUUAUUCAUCACAGUUUCAUCACAAUUUUCUAAAUACCAGUGUAUUUUUAAAUUUUCACAAUUCUAGUUAUAAUUAUAAUAAUAUCUAUCGUCUAGAUUCUAGAUGCAGGACCGAAUGCAAAGCUAAUUUAGGACCGAACAGUGACUGACUGCAUCUAUUAAAGCAGUAUUAACCAUAUUCCAUAGGUGAACCAGUAAAACCGAAUAAUUGUUAGUAAUAGUAAUUGUCAUUCUGUACAGAGAUGAAUUUGCACUGAUUUUUUAUUUUACAGAAAACUAUUGCCAGGGUUGCCAUCUUUUAAAUGUAACAACAAGUACAAUUUUACAACACUAAUUAAGUCCAUUUAUAGUACAUUAAAAUACUUAAAUAUUUUAUAACAUAUAAGUUACGUGGAUUGAUGACAACCCUGUUUGCAAAAUAAAAGUGGAUUUCUUUGUUGGGAAAGUAAUGGAGGAUGCCAUAACUGUUAUGAUAAGUACAGGAGGACGUCGUAGUUGAUCAUAAACAGUUUUUGAGACUUUUUAAGCUAUACAUAUACAGUAAAAAUGUAUUGUGGAGAUCAAAAAAUCUCAAAUCGUAAAUCUUUUUAGAUCAAAAAUAUGGGAAGUACAUUUUUCUGUAGUUACAGUGUAUAAGGUGCUCUUUACUGUCCCAGCAAAAGUUAUCCAUUCUGUAUAGUUUUCUUUUCACAUUAUUUUGUAUGAUAUAUAAAAAAUAUCUUAGCAAUUUAUUUACCUAUUUUGUUGAGAUAUAUGGAUUUAUACCUUUUUAUAGAGUUUACAUGUGAAAUGCGGAUUAUUUUUAAAACAAAUUCUUAGCAAUUUUUAUAUGGCUUUUUUCCAUUCUGUCGAAUUUCCGUCUGAUAUAGCUUUACCACAUGAAAGAAAAUGUAGUGGUAUUAAACCAUGAUUUUUUAACAGUAAUGGUCAGAAUUUUUGUAUUUUUGUUUUCACUUUGUUAUUUUUUAUGCACUCAUUUUUAAAACGGUUAACUUGUGGACUAGUCUUUAGGAAUUAAAUUUUUUUUAAAUAUAGCCAUACAAUAAUUUCAUUAGUUAAUUGUAAUACAUACAUGUUUCAAACAAUUUGAUCAAUAAACGUAGUAGAAGUUGUACAUCGAGUAAUGAUAAUAAAUAAUAAUAAUAAUAAAUAACAAAGUACAGGUAAUUUUAAUCAAUAUGAAUUAUUAUUAACAACUAUUUUUAAUAUAAGUUUUUAAUCAAAUAAUGUUAAUAUGAAUUAAUUAUUUUCCUCUUACCUCUGUGUACGUUCCGUAUUUAUGAAUUAGCGUUUCUGUGACGUCACGACACGUUUGCAAAUUUAAUGAUAAACAGUAUGAUUCACUCUCGGAACAUUGGUUUAUUGUUUUCUACCUACAUUUUUGUAAUAAAUAAAUAUAUUAAGACACUGCACACAUCAACAUCUAGGUCCAAACCAAACGCGGCUUGUGUUAUGGGAAUAUACUAAUGAAUAUACAUAAAUACUUAAUAAUAUUUAUAAAACAUACCAGACGCUGAAAAAUUCUGUUGCUCUUCACCCCAAUAUUUUCUAAAUCUGGAAAUUGAAUCCACGGCCUGGUUGCAAAAGGUUGGGUCAUUACCCACUGUGCCACUCUGCCUUCAUAACAUUUUAUUGUCUGGUUUCUGGAUACAGCUAAUAAGAGAGUUCCAAUAUAAUUUAAAAAAAAACCUUUGUAACAGUAUUUUAUAUUGCGUUAUUCAGUUCCAAAUAUAUAUUUUAAAUAUUGGCGAUAAAUAUUUUCAAUAUUGACGAUGGGACAUUUUAACCAUUGCCAGUUUCAUAGAAAUUAUCAAAAUUUUGUUGUACUUCAAAAACUUGCAAAGACAGUAUUUUUUUUUAAAUGCCAACCAAAUGGUUUGAACAUUAAUCUCUUUAAUUUAAAUUGAUUGGUAUAAUUAGAGCUAUCUUUUUUAGAAUUUUUGAGCUGAAUAGUAGACUUGGUAACUCAUGUCUUAUCUCCUAUUACUAAUGCUCCAAGAGUGAUUUGUGACAUGCUUCUGUCAAUCGACUAAAAAUUCUCAUUUAUAAUCUAACGAUUAUUGUCACGGCACAGAAACGCCUCUAAUGUUUUUUUAUCUCUUGACCCCAAUGGUGUUAAUCUUCUAUUGAUUUAUAUUUGUAAUAUUUGAGUUGUGUAAAAUAUAAAAUCAUGCUUUUAAGUUGAUCGCAUGUGCAUUUUAUUAUUAGUCCUACAAAUAUAAUUUUUAAAUAUAAAAAGACCAAAUCACUAAGUGAUGAAUGAAUUGAUUUCGUUAAUUAUAUUAAGUGAGUAAAAAAAAAUGUCUGCUCUUGAUAUUAUUUUGUGUUAAAAAUAAUGCUUUUAUUUUUAAUGUACACAUGCCAUUUUGCCUAAUGUUAUUAUAAAUUAUAAUAUUAUAUUGCUUUAAAAGCACCAAUUUUACAAUGCAUAGUUCUAUGACCUGUCUAUACAUUUUAUUACUUUAUUUAUUUCUAUCAUUAUUUUGUAUUGUGGUAAAUUUUACCAAAAAUAAAAAUACUAAAAUGUGCUUUA